GGGAUGCCGACAGCCUCGAUGGCGAUCAUGACGUUACUGUGGAUGAGCAGCCGGAUCUUCGGCCUCUCAUACUCAGCAAAGAUUCGGCAACUAGGAACAGUCUAGCGCUGUGGAUCGCCGCCCGAUCACUGCAGCAGACUGCUGGCCAAACCGGUUCUAAGCUUACUGGGCACGAACCUGGGUCGGAGCAUUGCGGUGCAGCGAGUGGACCCUCCAAAAACCGGUAUUGACAACAUACUAAGAGUUUUUCUAUGGAGUUUGAAACCCACCCAGAGGUCGGACUAACGUCGGUGCAGGUUCUGGGCAGAAAUUGGACUCUUAUAAACCCCAGGACCAGGGACACCUCAUCCCGACGUAGUCUUUCUCUCCUUUCUUGACUCCCUUUGCUCGCUGCAUCCCCACGAACAAUCAUGGCGGAACCCGACCAACGCGAGGUUCAACAGGCCCUCGAGGCCCAUCAUAAACCACCGUCUGAAAAGGGCGGAGACCCCGACAACGGGGGUACUGCCGACGCGCCCAUCAUCCCCAGUAUGGGGGUUGAGAAGGCUGAACAGGAGAACGCGGGCAAGGAGGACGUGCGCCCCGAUGGGAAGCGCGAAUUGAAGGAGUACGAGUGCUACGAGAAGCUCGGAUACUGCUGGCCGCGGUGGAAGAAGUGGUCUUAUCUUGCUGCGGUCGCCUUCGUGCAGGUGUCCAUGAACUUCAACACCUCUGUCUUCCCCAAUGCCGUGAAGCCGCUGGCUGAGCACUUCCAUAUCAGCGAGCAGCACGCCCGUACUGGUCAGAUGGCCUACCUGGUGGCAUACUCCAUUGGGUGUGAGCUGUGGGCCCCGUGGAGUGAGGAAUUUGGGCGCUGGCCUAUCCUCCAGCUCUCCAUGUUCCUGAUCAACAUCUGGCAGAUUCCCUGUGCGCUGGCUCCUAACUGGGGAACCAUUGUCGUCUGCCGUGCUUUGGGUGGUAUUUCUACUGCUGGUGGCAGUGUCACGCUUGGUUUGAUUGCCGAUAUCUACGAGAAGGAGACGCAGCAGUUCCCUCUCGCCUUCAUCGUCUUGUCUUCCUGCAUUGGAACCAGUAUCGGUGGUGUCAUCGGUGGUCCCAUUCAGCGCUUCCUCGAGUGGGAAUGGUUCUUCUGGAUCCAGCUCAUCUUCGGCGCCGUCACCCAAGCCAUCAUCUUCUUCAUGCCGGAGAGUCGAUCAACCAUCAUCAUGGAUAAGGAGGCCAAGCGCAUGCGCAAGUCCGGCGAAGACCCCAACGUCUACGGGCCCAACGAGCUGAAGAAGCCCCGUGUGUCGGCCAAGGAGGCAUUCAAUAUCUGGAUCCGACCCUUCCACAUGCUGCUCACCGAGCCCAUUGUCUUCUGUCUCUCCCUGCUGUCCGGUUUCUCCGAUGCCCUCAUCUUCAUCUUCCUCGAGAGUUUCCCCCUCGUUUACAAGCAGGGCUGGGGCUUCGGUACCCUCGCCAUCGCCUGGGCCAUCAUCCCGAUCAACCUGGCCUACUUCCUCACCUACUUCUCCUACUGGCCGUGGUUCUGGCGCGACAUGCAACUCCGAAAGCGCAUCGAAGACGACGAUAUGCUCCCCGAGCGCCGUCUGAAAUGGCUCCUGUGGCUCGCGCCCCUCGAGCCCAUUGGCCUGAUGGGCUUCGCUUGGACAUCCUUCGGUAAAGAGCGGAACAUCCCCUGGAUCGCAUCGAUGAUCUUCUCGACGUGCGUCGGUAUAGCAAACUACGCCAUCUACCUGUCCUCGGUCGACUACAUGGUCGCCGCCUACGGUGUCUACUCUGCUUCCGCGACCGGUGGUAAUGCCUUCGCUCGCGAUCUGCUGGCUGGUGUGUCUGCGAUGUAUGCCACGCCUAUGUACAAGAAUAUCGGUGACAAGUGGCACACCCAGUAUGCGUCUACCGUGCUGGCCUGUCUGUCGUGUGUUGUUGUGGCGCCGAUUUACGUCUUCUACUGGAAGGGCCCGCAGAUCCGUUCGAAGAGUAAGUUCGCUCAGGCUCUUGCUGCCGAGAAUAAGACGAACCAGGGAAGGAGGAUUAGUAGGAUGGAGAGCCAGCAGUGGGCUUAGAUACGAGCAUUAUCAUAUGAGCUGAUGAUAUGAUGUGGUGUGUUAAAUAUUAUAUCAUGUACCUAUACCCUGAUAUCUGUACAUAUGGAUCGGCAUCUGCGGUGUUGGAUGGUCAUUAUGAUGGCAUUGCUAUAUUGGAACUGUUUUAAUGUUUUAUUGAAUUAUAACUAGACUUAUGGCUAGAAUAUGCUUAACAAUUUUC